AUUAUGUAUACACAGUUAAACUUUAAUGAAAAAAAUAAAACAUUCAAUCCCCAUAGCCAGAAAAUUGAAAUCUUUUUGAAUAAACUGUUUAUGUUUUUUUUGUUUGAUGGAAAAAAUGUGGGACCCACAAUUAUAAUGCUUUGUCAAUUUUUAUUUUUUUUGAACUUUUUUAUUUACGCUAAUAUUCAUUUCUUGAUAUUUUGUGCAAAGAUUUUGAACAUUUAAUAUAGAGGUGGGGUUUGUUGCAUAUAUAGUAUUGUAGCGAACUUGUAAUUGAUUUUUUUUCCAAGAUUAUUUUUUUUAUUGUGUUUUAGAUUUUGGGGUUCUCUAAUUAUGUGUAAAGAUUAGAGCUUUAAGCUCUUUUAUUAGUUUUCAAGAUUUUUUAAUUGAGAUUUUCUUGUACUUGAAAUAGAUUUUCUUCCAAGAUUAUUGUUUUUAAUCAUAUUUUAGAUUUUGGGGUUAUCUAACUAUGUGUAAAGAUUAGAGCUUCAAGCUUUUUUUUAUUAAUUUUUCAAGAUUUUUUACUUAAGAUUUUCUUGUUCUUGGAGUAAAAGGAAAGAAAUUAGUGAAGAAAAAAGAUAAUCUUGGAAUAUAUUUCUUCCAAGAUUACUUUUUUAUAUAUUUGGAUUUGGGGUUCUCCUCUUUUUUUCAAAGAUUAGAGCUUUAAGCUCUUUUAUUAGUUUUCAAGAUUUUUUACUUAAGAAAAGGAAAAAAAUUAGUGAGGAAAAAAGAUAAUCUUGGAAUAUUUUGUUCCAAGAUCACUUUUUUAUGUAUUUGGGGUUCUUCCUUUUUGUUCAAAGAUUAGAACUUUAAGCUCUUUUAUUAGUUUUCCAAUUCUUGGGAAGUGUGCAACUUCAGUUUGAUGGAGGGAUUUUUUUUGAAAAUUUUGGUGUUUUGGUCAAAUGGAUAUGGUGGAUCUUGAGGCACAUGAGUAUGUUAGUACUAAAAAUGUCACUGGUUAUUUGCCUUUCAUGUUGAUUGAGUUGACAUAAAUAUAUAAUUAUGCUAAGGUGUUUGUUUCUGGGGUUCUUGAUUUUAUUGUUAAUCAUAUCUGUUAUAGCUACCGAUAAUGAGUUUUCGAGUUGUAACUGUGAUGAAGAGGGUAUUUGGAGUAUACAUACCAUUCUUGAGUGUCAAAAAGUGAGUGAUUUCUUGAUUGCAAUUGCUUAUUUUUCGAUACCUCUCGAGUUGCUUUACUUUAUUAGUUGCUCUGAUGUUCCAUUCAAAUGGGUACUUGUUCAAUUCGUUGCGUUCAUAGUGCUUUGUGGAUUGACUCAUUUGCUUAAUGGAUUGACUUAUAGUGGUCAUCCUUCGUUCCGAUUGAUAAUGUCCUUAACCGUAAUGAAAAUCCUAACCGCCCUUGUUUCGUGUGCGACUGCAAUCACCCUUUUGACUUUGUUCCCUAUGUUACUUAAGAUUAAGGUUAGAGAACUAUUUUUGACUCAAAAUGUGUUCGAGCUUGAUCAAGAGGUUGGUAUGAUGAUGAAACAGAAAGAAGUGUAUACACAUGUCCGAAUGUUGACUCGUGAAAUUAGGAAGUCGCUUGAUAAGCAUACUAUAUUGUAUACUACUUUAGUUGAGCUUUCAAAGACGUUGAAUCUGCAGAAUUGUGCUGUUUGGAUGACAAAUGAGGAUAGGUCAUUGAUGAACUUGACACACGGGUUAAGCCCGGGUUCUGCUGUAGAAUACCAUCGUUCACUUCCGAUUGAUGAUCUUGAUGUGUUAGAGAUAACAAUGAACGAAGGAGUGAGGAUUUUGAGGCAAGAUUCGAUUCUUGCAGUUGCAAGUAGUGGCGGGCCUGGUGAAGCAUGCACUGUUGCAGCAAUUCGGAUGCCAUUGCUUUGUGUUUCGGAUUUCAAAGGUGGGACACCUGAGUUGGUCGACACUCGUUAUGCUAUUUUAGUUUUGGUUAUUCCGAGUGCAAAUGAUGAUUGGAGCCGUAAUGAGAUGGAGAUAGUGGAAGUAGUUGCUGAUCAGGUGGCUGUGGCUCUAUCACACGCAACGGUUCUUGAAGAGUCUCAAUUAAUAAGGGAGAAACUAGAAACGAGGAACGGUUUGCUACAACAGGCUAAGGAGAAUGCCGUGAAGGCAAGCCAGGCGAGGAAUUCGUUUCAGAAGGUAAUGAACAAUGGAAUGAGACGACCAAUGCACUCAAUUUUGGGUUUACUUUCCAUACUGCAAGGUGAGAACACAAUCUUUAAUCAGAGGAUUAUUAUCGACACGAUGGUAAGAACGAGCUCCGUUCUGUCAAAUUUAAUAGACGAUGCUAUGGAUAUACCCGACAAAGAUGAAGGGAGAUUCCCAGUAGAAACGAUGCCCUUUCAGCUGCAUUCAAUGAUCAGAGAGGCUUGUUGUCUUGUUAAGCACAUGUGCGUUUACAAGCGCUUUGGCUUUUCCACGGACGUUCCCAAUUCUUUACCUAAUCUGGUUAUGGGCGAUGAAAAGAGAACGUUUCAGGUUAUACUUCAUAUGGUGGGACAUCUAUUGAAUAUCCAAUCCGGAGGGGGCUCCGUUGUAUUCAAGGUUAUUCUGGAGAGUGGAACCGACGUAGGGAAUGAUAAAAUUCUGGGAGCAAGAAGACACAGCGUAUUUGAUGAAUAUGUUACCGUAAAAUUUGAAAUCGAAGUUAGUCUUGAAGGUUCUCAAACAGAUAGCUCGAGCUCAAUUAGUCACUUCGGUGGAAGGAGGUAUAAUAGCAAAGAGUUAAAGGAAGGCAUGAGUUUGCCCAUGUGCAAAAAGCUCGUUCAGAUGAUGCAGGGAAAUGUAUGGAUGCCCUCAAAUACCGAUGGCCAUGCACAAAGGAUGACUCUUGUUCUCCGAUAUCUUAAACAAUCGUCGUACAGAAAACAUAUGUUUGAUCUUGUAAGUCCUUUGGAGCAAGUAAUUUCAAGUUCAACGUUCAAAGGCCUGCAAGUUCUACUUGCUGAUGACGACGACGUAAACAGAAUGGUAACCAAAAAACUGCUCGAAAAACUAGGCUGCCAAGUAAUUGCUGUUUCGUCCGGUUUUGAGUGCUUAAGUGCAAUGGGCCAUUCAACAACUUCUAUCCAAGUUGUCAUUUUGGAAGAACUUCACAUGCCGGAAAUGGACGGAUUCACAGUGGCUAUGAGGGUUCGGAACUUCCACAGCCGUAGCUGGCCGUUGAUCAUAGCCUUAUCUUCUAUCUCAGAGGAACAAGUAUGGCACAGAUGCGUACAGGUCGGAAUCAAUGGUCUCGUACGAAAGCCUGUUCUCCUUCAAGGAAUGUCUGAGGAACUUCAAAGAGUGUUACAUAGGGCUGGUGAAGGCUUUUAAGGUAAUACUAACAGUGAAACUCGAACUCGGAGGCAUCGGAACUGUCACGAGCCUGCAGUUGACUGCGCCCACUCAGCGGCAGGCACAGUCGGGAAUUCUACUAAGGUGAGUCAACAAAAUGCAAGAAUGUCAUACCGUGGACUCGAGGGGGUCCAAAAAUACUAGUAUACAGAAAAAAGAAGUUUUGUUUUUAACCUAUUUGUACAAUAUAAUUUUCCGAUGAAGUUGAUUCAAUUGAAUCCCGGUCAUCAUAUGUGGCUCUGCGACUGCCUUUGUUGCACCCUUGUGGUGGGGCCCUUCCGGGGAUCCUGCGCAUAGCGGGAACUUUAGUGCACCAAGCUGUCCUUUUUUCUUUAGUUUUGGUAGAUGAAUCAACUUCUUGCUAACCAUUGUCUUUGGGUUCAGAUAAGCAGCAUGGUGCACUAAAGCUUUCGUUACGCGCGGGAUUUGAGGAAGAAGGGGACCACAAAGGUCUAUUGUACACAAUUUUACAUUAUAUUUCUGUAAGAGGUUGUUCUCACGGCCUGAACCGUGACCUCUAGGUUAUAAUUGAUCCUUAUUACAAGUCAAAUUACGAUGAUAAGCUGACAUCACUUGCA